AUGGUGGAUCGGUGUAGCAGGGUGGUUUUGGUUUGUGUUGUGUCGUUUUUCUUGCUAAUUGAUUGUACAGUAGGGCAGCAAUUCUUGGUGUCAAGGCAAGAAAGAUUGGCUCUGCUUCAACUGAGAUCUUCAUUAGGGUUGAGGGCAAAAGAGUGGCCUAUAAAAUCCGACCCAUGUACUGCCUGGGCGGGAAUCAAAUGCACAAAUGGGCGUAUUACAGGGAUCAACGUUUCCGGGUUCAUGAGGACUCGAAAGGGAAGUCAAAACCCCCAGUUCUCGGUGGAUGCCCUUCAGAGUUUCACCUUUUUAUCCUCAUUCAAUGCUUCGAAUUUGGCACUUCCGGGUUCUAUUCCUGAGUGGUUUGGUCUUAGACUUGGCUCACUCCAAGUGCUUGAUCUUCGGUCUUGUUCAAUUGCUGGUGCUAUUCCAUUUACUCUUGGCAAUUUGAGUAGCUUAGCUGAACUUUAUUUGUCUGAUAAUAAUCUUACUGGAAUAGUUCCUACAAGUUUAGGUCGGUUGUUGCGCCUUUCUGUACUUGAUCUUUCGCGGAAUUCCCUCUCAGGAUUGAUUCCGGGGUCAUUUUCAGCCCUCAGGAACCUUACUUUGCUUGAUAUGUCUUUGAAUUUCUUCUCUGGGUCAAUUCCUCCGGAAAUUGGCACUUUGUCUAGGCUUCAGUACUUGAAUCUUUCAGGCAACAGUUUGUCAUCUUCUAUACCUGCCAAAUUCGGCAACCUUUCCAAUCUGGUUGACCUUGAUCUCAGUAUUAAUUCAUUAUUGGGAUCCAUUCCCACCGAUUUGAGAGGGUUGAUAAACUUGCAGAAAUUGAUAAUUGGGCAUAAUAUCCUAUCUGGAACAUUGCCUGGUGAUUUGUUUUCCCCUUUGACUCAGUUGCAGUAUUUGGUUUUGAGCCAUAAUAGCUUCACUGGUGAUUUUCCAUAUGUGCUGUGGUCAAUGCUCCAAUUGCGGUUUCUAGAUGCCUCGAGUAACAACUUUACUGGUACAAUGCCCAAUCUUAGCUUGAAUGUUAAUGCCAGUGUUGCCGUAUUUAACAUUUCACAGAAUUUUUUUUAUGGGAAUCUUACAUCUGUAAUAAGGAGAUUCGGUUUUAUUGAUGUGUCGGGUAAUUAUCUCCAAGGUAGGGUUCCAGAUUAUGCUAGUAGAAACACAACUUUAAGUAGGAACUGCCUUCGGAAUGUGGCAAGUCAAAGGAGUGUCAGUGAAUGCACAUCGUUCUAUGCCGAGAUGGGCCUGGUGUUUGAUAAUUUUGGAAUGCCAAAUGGCAUUCAGCCUCUUCCACCUAAAUCUGACAAGAGCCACCGAAAAAUAAUAAUUCUGGCAUCUGUUUUGGGGGCUUCUGGGCUCAUUGCACUCUUGGCAAUUGUGUUUGUACUGCAGAUUUUAUGCAAGCGCAAAAAUGGCGCAACAAACCAGAGGGGCGUUGUCGUGGGGCCUGUUCCUGCAAAUGGAAGUUCAACUCCUGAAGCUUCGCUAAAUUUUUCUAGUCUAGGAGACACAUUUACCUACAAGCAAAUUCUUGAAGCCACGGGUGAAUUCGGUUAUGUAAAUCUGAUCAAGAAUGGCCAUUCUGGUGACUUCUUCCGCGGUAUCCUUCAGAAUGCGAACCCUAUAGUCAUCAAAAAAAUCGAUUUGCGUUCAUCGGUCAAAAAGGAAACAUAUAUGUUAGAAUUGGACCUGUUUAGCAAGGUUUCUCAUCAAAGAUUGGUACCUCUAUUGGGACACUGCUUGGAGAAUGAGAACGAGAAGUUUCUCAUUUACAAAUACAUGCCAAAUGGAGACCUAUCCAGUUCAUUGUUCAAGAAAACAAAUUCAGAUGAUGACAGUUUACAGUCACUGGAUUGGAUAACGAGAUUGAAAAUUGCAAUUGGAGCUGCAGAAGGUUUAUCUUACCUACACCAUGAAUGUACUCCACCAUUUGUUCAUAGGGACAUUCAAGCCAGUAGCAUACUUCUUGAUGAUAAAUUUGAAGUGCGGUUAGGAAGCUUGAGCGAAGUUUGUGUUCAAGAGGGGGACACACAUCAAAAUAGAAUCACAAGGUUGCUGCGGUUGCCACCGACAUCAGACCAAGGUACUUCAGGUAUGACGAAUGCAACGUGUGCUUAUGAUGUUUACUGCUUCGGAAAGGUUUUGCUCGAGCUCGUAACAGGCAAGUUGGGUAUCAGUUCAUCAACCAAUGCCACGACGGAGUGGUUAGAAGCGACAUUACCUUACAUCAGUAUAUACGAUAAGGAACUUGUGGCAAACAUUGUCGACCCCUCAUUAAUCAUAGACGAGGAUCUGCUGGAGGAAGUGUGGGCCAUGGCAAUUGUUGCGAAAUCUUGCCUCAAUCCCAAGCCCACAAGACGGCCUCUAAUGAGAUAUAUUCUUAAAGCUUUGGAGAACCCUUUGAAAGUUGUAAGAGACGAGCAUACGAGCUCAGCAAUGCUUAGAACUACUUCCUCGAGAGGGUCGUGGAAUGCUGCCCUAUUUGGCAGCUGGCGUCAAAGCUCUUCAGAUGUGGCGGCCAUGCCAGCUGUCCCUUCUCGAAAAGCAGAACAUGCUAGCAUUUUAAAACAUUCGGGUUCUCAAGAAAGUGGGCAAAACGAUGAAGGACAUGGUCAUUCGUUUUCAACCAGAAGACACUCCAAAGAGAUCUUCCCCGAACCCUUGAACUUGCAAGACGUAGAGCGAGUAAAUCAGGACUAA